ACUCGAGGUGUUCAACAGGCAAAGCUAUGACAUUAUAUCAGGGAAUAAGAAAGGAAUAAAACAUUUGGGGACGUAUUGUUAUAGGAAAAUAAUCAACAAUAGGGUGGAGUGAUGCAGCCUGAUUAGAAACAGCUACUGUUACCACGCUGAAGGUGAUUAUUUGCCAAUAACACUGUCCAGAAGUGUUUUAUUCCUCUUUUACCAAAGCAAUUUGCCAAAGAUGCAUUCAUUAAAGCAUGAUCACUGCAAUUGAUCCAAUUAUAGUUAUACUUAAUGUUGUGUGAUGUCUGCAAAACCAGUUAGAUCUUGUUAUUACUUACAUUAUAGCAGCUAUAAAAAACAGUUGUUCUCUCACCUCUUGAAGUUAAUAAGAAAAAACGCAUCUUACUGAGAAACAAAUUGUUACAGCUUUUCCUCUGACUGUUACAAAGUGCUUACACUGGAGAUUCCUUUCAAAAUUUUUUUUAAAACGUCACCAUAUCAGUGAUUAUCCAUUGUUUCUUGGGUAAACAGACGUAUGUUUUUAUUUGUUUAUUAUUUGGAUUAGCUUGUAUGGAAUGUCUGACAUGCAAGUCCCUUAAUAGUUACUAUAGAAACUAUAGCAUAUUAGAAUGAGCUCAUUAAUAUACACCUGGGAUUACUGUCAGAGCUGAUGUUACAGAAAAUAAAUCACUACCUUCUGACCAAUCCCGUUCAACAACGCUGACUCACGGAAAAGUCAGAAGUACAUGUACUAGGAAAACAUGCAGCUAGACGUAAGCUUUCGGGUUACAUAGUAACUCUGAUUGUUCUUUCUGUUUCGUCAGGUGCAGUAGUAAAAGACAUUGGUGUGAUUGUUGACUCCAGACUUUCAUUUGAAGCUCAUGUAGAUAAUAUUACUUGGAUAGCGUUCUUUCAUCUCAGAAAUAUUGCUAAAAUAAGAAACACAAUGUCACUACAUGAUGCAGAAAAAUUAGUUCAUGAUUUCAUCACCUCUUGGUUGGAUUAUUAUAAUGCCUUGCUGUCUAGAUAUUCCAGUAUGAGCAUAAACAAGCUCCAGUUAGUCCAGAAUGCAGCAGUCCUUACUGGAACCAGAAGAUACGACCACAUCACCCCUAUCUUAUCCACAUUGCAUUGGCUCCCAUUCAAAUUUCACAUUGAUUAUAAAAUACUACUAUUCACUUAUAAAGCACUAAAUGGUCUCGCGCCACAGUACCUGAGCAAACUUAUGAUCUUUUAUGUACCACCACACCCACUUUGAUCAAAAGGUGCAGGCUCUUUGUUGGUAUCUUGAAUAGUGAAGGCUACUGUACACCAGGUGGCAGAACUUUCUCUUACAAAGCCCCACAGUUAUGGAUCAGCUUUCCAAUUCAUGUUAUAGAUAGUAUGUAUAUUAUGUAAUCCAAACACACUUUUCCAUUCCUUUUAAUGAAAUAGCCAAUUAAACCCCAUCUAGGAGACAUUCUUACAUGUAUAUGUGAAAAUUACCAGACAGGACCCACAUCACAUGUACACAGAGAUGCACGUAGAAAUACAUACACUUUCAACCAGUCUCAGUUGCAAAUAUAUAUAAUACAUUAACAAUAUGUGAAGUUGUAAUACAAUACAUGGUCUUUAGAAAGACCUAGACUGUUGAAUUAUUGUCAGAGCAAUUCUUAAUGAUUAAUCUAGCCCUUCAGUAGAUGUUCCGAGUUUUAUGACCAAACUUAAGAAAAUAACAGAAUUAUGACAGGCUGAUGAUAGAGUGAGAGAGAGAGAAUUUUAUGUAGACCUGGGAUGCCUGCCGCUGCCAUUCUUUCAGACCCAACUCAAAAUUCACCACACUGGUGUGACUUCAUCAGGAUCACAUGGGAGCAUGGGUAUGGACAAGUGUCUGAAAGCUUACCGGAGCGAUAUCAUUGAGAUGGUAGUGGGGCAAGGGGCACGUAGGGGUGGGGUGCAAAUGAAGGACUUGGAACCAUCGGUGUGUAUGUGAACAAGUGUUAAUCCCUGGAUGAAUUGUAUACACACUCAAGAGGUGCCAAGAAAGACUGGAUGUUGGAUCUCGAGCAGAUAUAAUCAUUCCUCUCUCCUGUAAACAGGUAAGGGACUCACUAUAUGGGUGACUAGCUUUUAGAAAAUAGACUUGAUUGGCUGAGCUGUCAUAAAUAUCCUAAUUAAUGCUGGUAAUAAGUCAUCAUAGCAUCCAUAAGAGGUGAUUCAAUUGAUAAUUCAUUUACCAAAUGAAAUGUCCUGUACUAGUGAAUUUCCACAAGGUGCAAAGAUGGUUCCUGUGUUUGUUUACCACUAAUGGCCUCGUUAGUACUGAUACUGUACAUGGUCGACACUCUAGAGGUGAGGACAACCAAAACUAGUCUCUUUAUUCUAAUCUUUUCUUUUGAAAAUAGAGCAAUUAACCCAUAGCAAUAAACACAGCUACACACAAAAUGUGUUUAUGAUAUUUGAUUUUCAAAGCCAAAAAUGUAUAUCUCUAAAUUCAUGUCUCUUUCGCUUUAUAUUUUUAAAAAUGUAUAAAUCAUUUUGCAAAAUAUAUCAUGAAAUAAUAUACAUCCUCCACUUCAACAUUGUUAUUAUAUUACAUUAUAAUCAAUAUAUUAUAAUCAGUGAUUAUCAAUAUUAAUAUACAGUAUAUGUUCCAAAUAUCUGUGCAUUUAUAAUGUAUCUUUCAGAUAAAUACAGAGUUGUUUAUGUAUUGUUGGUCUACUAAACAGAAAUUUUUUUAUUAUUAUUUAUUUAUUUAUUUUUGCUCUGGGCCAUUUGACAUUGGAAUAAAUGUAAUGUGGCCCAUUACCUAAAAUGUGUUUGACACCCCUGAUCUAGAGCUGUCAUACGGAAUAUGCUUUCAGCUCUGAGACGUGGCACUUUAAGAACCUCUGGUAUAUACACUGUAGCUGGAAAUUCAAGCUUUAAAGUAAAUACAAAGUAAAAACGUAACAGUCGUCUGACAAGCUGAUGGCACUCAGAGAGAGUCAGCUGACUGCCACACUGCUAACCUCUGUGGUGGCGGCAGUGUUUGGCUCGCUGCAGAUUGGAUACCACACCGGCAAUGUCAACUCUCCAGCAAGAAUCAUUGAAGACUUUUUCAAUCUGACAUGGAAAUCAAGACACAAUCAGUCCAUACCAGAAAACAGUUUGAGAUUUCUAUGGGCUUUCUCAGUCAGCAUCAAGGACUUUGGAGCCCUGUUGGGGUCACUGGGCGUCAAAGGCCUGGCUGAUUCCUAUGGGAGGAGAAAUGCCAUUCUCAUAGCAAACUCUUUGUCCAUAGCAGGCGCCUGUCUGAUGUUCCUUAGCAAAAAAGCUGAAUCUUUUGAACUUCUUAUUGUGGGCCGUUUCAUUUUUGGCCUUUUCUGUGGUCUGGUGAUGAGUCUGAACCCGCUGUAUAUCCAGGGUGUGUCACCAAUUAACCUCCGCGGUGCCUUUGCAACUCUCAACCAGGUUUCUUUUGCCUCUGGCAUUUUCCUGGGCAUGGUGGUUGGCUUAGAACCAGUCCUGGGCACAUGGAAGUACUGGGCGUUUAUGCUGUCUCUGUCCCUUAUUCCAGCUGUCCUUCAGUAUAUAGUCUUGCCUUUUUGCCCUGAGAGCCCACGCUAUUUCUUCAUCAACUGUGGCAAAGAGCAAGAAGCCGAAGCUGCUUUAAGAAGGUUAAGAGGAAACUCUGACAAGGUGACAAAGGAAAUGGAUGAGAUGAGAGAGGAAGCAUCUCACAGUGAAGCAAGAGUAACUAUCAGGGAAUUCUUCAUCAAACGCUGCUACAGACAGCCCAUAAUACUUGUUCUAAUCAUAAACCUGGGCAGCCAGUUAUCCGGAUUCAACGCGAUCAUAAAUUAUUCAACGAAAAUAUUUACCAAGGCCAAAUUUGAAGAAGCAAAAUAUCUAACACUUGGAGUGGGAGCUAUCAACGUGGCGUUCACCAUCGUGUCUUUGUUCCUGGUGGAGAGGGCGGGGCGCAGGAAGCUGCUACUCACUGGCUUCCUAUUGGUAGCUUUUUGUAAUUUACUUAUGACCAUCACAGACUUAUUGCUGGAUAUAGUCCCGGACAUUCGUGGUGUUCAGGUGCUUGUGGUGUUUAUCCUGAUUUCAGCAUAUGAGCUGGGUCCAGGGCCUAUCUCUUGGUUCAUUGGUUCUGAGCUCUUUGACCAGCCGGCCCGAUCCAUCGCCAUGGCUUUCACCAGCAUGCUUAACUGGGGAGGGAAAUUCCUUCUAGCCCUCCUUUUCCCACCAUUAUUGCACCUGUGUGGAGCUUACGUCUACCUCCUCUUCAUGUCCAUGGCCUUGAUAGCAUUUACUUACACAAUGUUCCGCCUCCCGGAAACGAAGGGCCGAACUUUUGAUGAUAUUGCUGCUGAGUUUCGUGGGGCAGAGAGCAUUCCCCUGCAUAACAAAACAAGUUUCAAUACUUUCACAUGAACAAGGAGUCACUACAGUAUGGCUCCUCUGGCUCAGGCACAGACAAGACCACAAUGACCCGCAAAGAGGUUCAUGUAUUCAGUCCAACUUAGCAAUGAUUAGUCCAUGAUUCAACAUGGUAAUACCUUAUUUUUUACUACCUCUUACGGUGUUCAAUGCAGUUCUGAGUGUUUAGGAUUUGUGUAAAUUAACCAAGAACAAUGCAAACAUGUUGUUCCACAAUUACGAAUAAAAUAUAACACAUUCGCCCAUCUGCAUUCACUCACUGGUCUGAUACACAUUUUUAUACAUCCAUUAAACAGAGACCUAUGAACAGCCUUAGUAAUAAACAGGGCAAACCGCUUUGAUUGAAUUGUUUAUGAAAUCUGACAUUUGUCUUGCUUACAACAGUUUUCCAAGUUUAAUAAACCACAGUACCUUGUUGAAACAGAACCGGACUAUGAGUCGACAAGACUCCUUAAUAAUAACAAUAAUUCCAUAGAAGAGUUUAUGUUCAGAUCUUUGGCACUGUUAUGCGCAGUAAACAGUAGUUCUUUUUAAACUGUUUAAAAUGUGACCCGCAUUGGCUUUUUUAUUGUGCUUACUAGGAUGCAAGAAUAGAAUAAGACAAUAGCUCUUUUCACCAUUAUAUAGUAAGUCGAGAUUGAAUGGGGUUUUAUGAUUGGCGAUGAGAUUUCCAUUUUCAUUGGUUCAUUUGGUAUUCAUUACACAGGAAACAGUCCAAGCAUAGAGUGUUGUUGGAUCUGAGCCGUUUUCUUUCUUUCUUUCUUUCUCUCUUUCUUUCUGUUUCGUUCUUUCUGUAUUUAACAGGGACAAUGCAUAGUAAUCAACCUCAUAUUAAUUAUGUAAAUGUCAGAUUUUGCAAAAUGACUCAUUUUCAUCUGCUGUCCAUGGGCAGGUUGAUGUUUAAGAAAAAAAGAAUAAAUAGGACCAAGAAAUGUGGUUACAUAACACAUAAAACACUAAAAACUACACC